AAACAAACAAACAAAAUAAAUAAAUAAUAUCAAGACAGAACAAAGUCUGAUAGACACACACACACAAAUACACCGUAUUUUAAAUACUAUAAUAUAAUAUAAUCAUUACUUCCUCUACUUCUUGGUCUUGUUUUCCUUCCUCAUGGCCUACAUUCCAGCAGAGAGUCUGCGUAAUUUACACCUCUACAAGUAUGCCGGUGUAGACAAGUCCUUGGUAUCCCGCUUCAUCCUUACACCUUACUGGAAUACCCUAGUAAAAAUAUUUCCUCUCUGGGUCGCUCCUAACCUCAUUACCUUGCUCGGUUUGUUCUGCACAAUCUUCAAUGUCCUGACCCUCUUCUAUUACGAUACCUCUAUCGGUCCUUGCCCCAACUGGGUUUACACGUCGUUCGGUAUUGGAUUGUUUGUUUAUCAGUCUUUGGAUGCCAUUGAUGGAAAGCAGGCUAGACGCACUGGUGCUUCUGGACCUUUAGGCGAACUAUUUGAUCACAGCUGUGAUGCUCUUAAUACUAUGCUUGGUGUAUUCACAUGGGCUUCUGCCACCGGACUCGGACAGAGCUGGUGGACAGUCUGCUCUUUGUUUGCCGGUCUUUGUAACUUUUAUUUGUCGACCUGGGAAGAAUAUCACACAGGUGUUUUGUAUCUCGGAUAUUUUAGUGGUCCUGUGGAAGGUGUGCUGAUGCUGGUCGCUGUUCAUUUGUGGACCGGAAUUGCAGGUCCUGAUUUCUGGAAGCAAAACUUGAACCAAGUGGUUGACAUUGACUGGCUUUACAGCCCUUACACUCAUGCUAUUGGAAAACUUCCGUUGAAUCAUCUCUUGAUUAUCGUUGGUGCUGUGGUGGUCGUGUUCAAUAUUUCAUCUGCUCUGUUGAAUGUCAUCAAAGUAAAGAUCUAUCCUACCGAUACGUCACACAAGGAUAGAUCUAUUCUCAAGGCUGUCGCCGGAUUGCUUCCAUUUGUACUCAUGACUGGUCUUUCGGUUGGAUGGUUGUACAUGUGGCCAUCACUUGUGUACGAGGAUUUGUCGACCUUUAUCUUGUUCACUGGUCUCUUGUUUGGCCACCAGGUUGGCACAAUCAUCACUUCUCAUGUAGCAAAGUUAUCCUUUCCUUUCUGGGAUACUCCUGCCAUGGCACUACUUUGCACUGGCUGUGCAUUGGCAUAUGUUGAAACAAGUCUGGAAUGUUGCUCUGUUGCGAUUGACCAUCGUCUUGUCAUCAGAGCCUUUCUUGUCCUUGCCGGUGCCCAAUACUUUAUCUUUAUCAUAGGUAUCAUCCAACAAAUCUGUACAUAUCUCGAUAUUGGAUGCUUGUAUAUUAAGAAGAAGAAGACACUUCAUACUGAAUAAAAUUAUAUAAAGAAAUAUUAAAAUCAAUAAAUGUAUAUCAACUAACAUC